AUGCAGGCAUCAAUACUCACGUGUUGUUGGCGGAGGAGAGCCUCCGGUGUAGGCUGCGCAGCGACAUGGCGUACCCCUAGCAAGGCGGGCUGCCGCUACCCUUGCCACGCGGCCGGCGUAGCGCACGCGCCCCGAAAAACGCGCCCUCCUCGUUGCACGACUGCGAACGCUGCGAGGCCAACAUGCCGGCCGCGCGGCCUAGCGCGUGCAGCGGCCGCACGCGCGCGCGCCUACCCCACCCGCACCCGGCCACCACUUCAAUCUUGUCGGCUGCGCGAGCAACGCCCUCUACUGGCCGACGCGCGCGACGACGCCCGCACGCAUCGAACGCUACACACGCGUCACGACCGCGCCGCACGCGCUACACACGAUACUACGCGGUACACGCGCUACAAACUAACGAUACACUACUCGCAGUGCCACACUCACGAGCUUCACAGUCUUGGCUUCUUGUUUACUAGCAAAAUCCUAAUUAUAAUUAUAUGUUAA